AUAACAUCGCUCCUAAUCCGCGCUCCCAAGAAUAAGAAACCGGCUCGGCUCUCCGAUUCUUUCCCUAUCUUCCAUUUCUCCCUUUCCCUUCCUCCCCAUUGGCGAUCCGGCGAAACGGAAUCGGCUGAAGGCUAAAGGUCAUGAAGGAGUGGUCGCAGCGGUAUCCCGUGGCCGAGCCCUCGGACGACUGGCGCGAGGGGUCGUGGACGGUGGAUUGCUCCUGCGGCGUCACCUUCGACGACGGCGAGGAGAUGGUGAGCUGCGAUGAGUGCGGCGUGUGGGUCCAUACCCGUUGCUCCGGCUACGUCCGCGGCGAGGCCUCCUUCGCUUGCCACUACUGCAAGGCCGCUGCCCGGAGGCUCCGCUUCGCCUCCGGGUCGGUCACCCUCCCCGACGACGCCGACGAGACCGAGGUCGCCCGGCUCCUCCCCGAGCUCCCCACCAAGAUCGAACCCUGUCUGCCCGAGCGUCCGUUGCAGGCCUCCGCUUCGGCCGUCGGGCCGCACCGGCGCCGUCUCUGGGCAGGAAUCCCUCUCGAGGACCGCGUCCACGUGCAGGGCGUCCCCGGCGGCGACCCCUACCUCUUUGGUGAUCUCUCAUCGGUCUUCUCAUCGCAGCUCUGGAGGUGCACGGGCUACGUACCCAAAAAGAUCAAUUUCCGGUACCGGGAGUUCCCUUGCUGGGAGGAGGAGGGCAAGGAGGUGGAGGAGAACGAGAAUCCAGCCAAUAGGGGGGCUGACGUGCAGUUUUCAUUCUCAGAUAAGAUUAUUCCGUAUAUUACGGUGAAGAAGUUUGAUGAGGAUGCGAAGGAGGAGGAAGCGAACAUCUUGUUGCGGAGUUGCAGAGCGAAGGAUGCGAGAGGGCUUCAGGUGUUUGGGCAGGCGAAUCUUGAUAAGAAGAGGAAGGAGGAGCCCGGAGAAGCAGAGGACCACGGUGCGAAGAAGAAAGCUAGGACUUCUCCUGAUAAAAUUGUGAGUGAUGACAAGAGAAUAGAUUAGUUAUUGCGUGGGAUGCUUCCCGUUUGUUGCACAGCAGCUCAAGUGAUCAAGAUUUCUAUCGAUUCUUCUGUCUGCUUCUGCGAUUGUGUAAUUUCCUAGGGUCUGUUCCUUUUCUUGCUAUGAGGAAAUCCAAGUUCCACAAGGAUAAGGAUAUCCAGAUCGAAGGAGCAGUCUUUCAAGGUCUGAAAAAUGGGGAUCAGAAAGAAGAAAUACUCUUGUAGUCCUUUUAUGCAGGACAGUCAGAGAUGAAACGAAGUAAUACUCUAUGAAAAUACAAGUGAAGCUUGAGACACCUGAUCGGCUAAAAACUGUGAACGAUGAGAGCAAUUUAAAAAUGAACCUUGCAUCUCAAGGUGGUGUAAGCGACAGCAGAAAAGAAUCAAGUAUAGAUCAGGUUCGUGGCAGAGCCAUAUAUUGUUUUAAACAACCCAAGGAUGAGAGCAAUUUUGAAGGGUGUAUAGACAAGCUUCUUGCUAUGUUUUAAUGGACUUGAGAAUUCCAAAGCCUGCCACAGGUGACCUUAUAAGUGGUUAUUUUGCUGGAUGAACAUUAACGUCGGACCUAGAUGAUGCACUAAAACUAACCAUCAAAGCAGACAUAAACGGGGGAAAAAGUGAGGGGGCUGAUGGUCUAUCGACAGGAAUGUAAAUUUCUCGUCUCUUAGUUCUGCUGGAAAGUUGCAUGCUGUAGGUAGCCGACGACCUGUACAGCUAUUGAAUUAGUUAUCUGAGAAUAUUCGUGACCAGCAAAAUAAAUCCAGUUUGCCAAAUCACAGAAUUGUUUCAGGAUGAUAGAAGCGAGUGUAAUGAAGUUGAAGAAGAAAUAACUUCAAGAACUGGUGACCGUCAGAAGCAUAAUGAUGGAGUGGAGGAUUCAGCAGAACAUAGGCUGCCUGGAGACAAGAUGGUUCAAAGGGUUCUGAUGAAGCUGCAAACUCAAAAUCCAAAGAUUUAAACGCCUUGAUUCCUGGUAUAUUGAACUUGGCACUGGGUUUCAUAAAGGAGUCUUCAACUUCACAUUUGCCUGUUGUCUUGAAAUUAUCGGUUUUGGAUGAAACAUGCCUCCUGCUCCAUCAUCUUCAGCUGGUAAGGCUAGUUAAUCAACCAAGCAAACAUAAGGAAAGAUGACAAGUUAUGUUGCCAAGACACAAAGCGGCACCAAUUCCAGGUGAAGAAAAUAUGGGAGAGGUUUCAGAAAAUUCAGCAAAAGGUCACUAAGUUAACUAUUUUCUGGAUUUAAAGCAUCACAAAGUUAGUUGAACCUUUCAUAAUUUUGCCUAUGAGCAUAUGGUACUGGAUUUAAAGGAAGAAUUUCCUUUUUAAUUUGUGAAAGCUUUGGGCAAA